UUUAUUUGAUACGUGUUGAAAAUUCAUUGUGUAGAUUUUCACUCAAAAAUAUUUUUCUAUUUGAUAUUUGCGUUUGAAAGUUAGAUUUUCUUGAAAAUUUCUUCCUCCUUUUUAACGUCAUAACGCUCGCAGUUGGCAACGCUCUGCGGUUGCAUAAUGUCUCUCCUUCAAAAAUUCUUUCCAAAAGUUAAAGCUGAUGAACCAGAAGAGGAAGAAGAAGAUUUAGUCGAUCCUCAAACUGUAUUAAAAGAAAAAUGUGCUGAAGAGCAUCAUGCAAAAGAAUUAGCAGCCAAGUUACAAGAAUGUAAUGAUCGAGUAAAUUCUCGUUCGAAAACAACUGAAAAUUGUACCGAGGAAUUAUUCGAUUUACUUCAUGCAAUCGAUCAUUGUGUCACCAAAGAUUUAUUCAAACAUUUGAAGUAAUUUGAAUCAAUCAUAUUUCCAUGUACAAAUACAACAAUAAAUUAUGAAAAAUUAUAAUUUGA